AGUUUUUUCAAUUUCAAACAGUCAACACAAACAUGGAGACCGAAACAACAGACAAGAGCGCAGAAAUAUCAAGCACCGCAGAGAAAAGUGUCGGUUUUUCUCAGGUAAAAGCCGUUGCGACAGCGUGGAUGUUGGACUUCUCGUUUGUGUGUCUUUGCAGGCACUUCAAGGACGGCGAACUUGAUGAAUUCAACCAAAUACUGUCCGCUUUCCGAGCCAUCGCUGAGAGUGUGUCUCUCAGAGCUCAUCACGUCCAGAAAAGAAACAUAUGUGCCUUCCUCGCAAGAGUCUUGCAUGGCAAACAUCUGGAUAUGCAGUAUGAGGAAGAUGACCAUGUGAUGCCCCUGAUGUCUGCAGCCAAUAUAUGGCCAGCCCUGAGAGACACUGUCGCAGAUGAAAGUUUAUUUAAUAACAUCGCCAAUCUUUUGCUUAUCCAGUCGGUGGCCGUGUGCUUGGAAAAAGGCCAAAGAUCCAUGGCCUCCUCUGCCCUCAAGUGGUUUGAGGAGAAACAUGACUUCCCUGAGAACAUAAGGGUCAAGCUGUCAACAGUAGUGACGCAAAGAGACACGUACCACCCGUUCCUCCUGAGCUUCAGCUUCAGCCGCCUGCUGGAGACCGUCCAGUCAUUCCUGGACGCCUACCUGGAGAAGAACCCCUCUGACUACCUCCUCCAGGCAGCCACUGAGGCGGCCAAGUCAUCCGAGCACAGGGAGGCCACAGAUCACCUGGAGCCACGGGACGAGACUCUCUCCGAAACUUUGAACAGAACGGCAGAGAAGAGCAGAAACAGGAAUAGGAGGGAAACUGCACAGUUGAGGGCCAAAAAGAAGCUGCUGUCAACGAAAAUUACUGAUGUGUGGAAACCCGAAUCCUGCAAGAAGCCUGUUGUUGUUCUUAAACGGACUAAUGGGAUUGAAAUAUUUCGUGAGACAACUCAACCAGAGUCAUCUAAGAAGUCAGUGAACGCCUCCAGAAUCAGCAAACCAAGAAAGAAAUGGACGUACAAGCUGGACAAGAACCUAAAGGAUGGCGUGAAACGUCACGGCACGGGGAAGUGGUCGCUCAUCUUACAGGAAUAUGACUUUGAAGGACGCACAGGCACCAUGCUGAAAGACCGCUGGAGAGUCCUCGUGAGGGCACAAAAAGUCAGCUGAGGAGGGAGCGAACCCUUUAACUUAUAUGCUACAACAACAUUCCUGUAAAUAAUAAAUAUAUUUUUUAAUAAGCUUUACUGCAUUAUUCAUUAGAUUAUUUUUAACCAGUAGCCAAAAUUGCACUAUAAUUUUUUAUGAUUUGUUGAAUGUGUUCCCCCAUAAUGCUUUGGAUGCUGUCAUUGGAAAUGAAGUACCACCAGAGGGCGCUCAACACAGAGCAGUGGAGGUGGACAAUUUGUUCACUUCUAUACUCAGGAACACAGUUUCUUAUGUGUUUUGUUUUCCCAAAACAAAACAAAAAAAGUAAAAUAUUUUUUAGAUGUAAUGUUUUUUAAGUUAAUACUUUUUUGUAGCAAUUUCAUUUUGAAGAAGAGUGGAAUACAAAAGCAGCAUGUUUACAAUAAAGUUAUGCCAAAACAAG